ACCUGGAGUCUCCCUCCCCUCUCUAUCUCUGGGUGUCUCCCUGGUUUAAAGCCUGCACUUCUCGCCCAGGUGAGACAUUUUUGGAGUGCGUAAUUGGAACUGCAGCCUGCCGAGAAGAUGACGGACUCCACACCGGCUGAAUCCACCGCCGUCUCGGACCCGGUUGUUGUGGAGGAGAACGGGCAGUGCGAGAAGGAGGAAUCCCCGGAGCAGCAGCAGCCGCAGACAGACACUGAAAGUCGGGGAGAGGGUCUCAAGAUGGACCAGGAGAUGAAGAUAACAGACAGCGCGGACGACGGAGGUCUUCUGGAGAGCAGCAUGCGUCUGAAGCCUCAUGAAGCUCAGAGUUAUCGUAAGAAGGCUCUGGUGGUGUCCUGGGUGUCCAUCGUGAUCACACUCAUCCUGGCCGUGGUCUCUUUCACUGUUUCCAUCAUGCGCCACAGUGCUUCUGCUUUUGGAUUUGCUUUUGACGCCUCUCUGGAUGUGCUGUCCUCGGCUAUAGUACUGUGGCGGUACAGCAACCCCUCAGCGGUCCACUCUGCACACCGCGAAUACUUAGCGUGCAUUAUCCUGGGUGUGGUUUUCAUCCUGUCCUCCCUGUGCAUUCUGGGUAAAGCCAUCCACGCCCUGGCCACCAAGGUGCUACCUCAAGUGGACAACUUCCUGUUUGCCGUCUCCAUCGUCAGCGGCUUGCUGUGCAUCAUCCUGGCUGUCAUCAAGUUUAUGCUCGGCAAAAAGCUCGUGAGCCGGGCCCUCAUUACUGAUGGAUUCAACUCUUUGGUCGGGGGGGUGAUGGGGUUCUCCAUCCUCAUCAGCGCCGAAGUGUUCAAGCAGGAGCCGCAGGUGUGGUACCUGGACGGGACAAUAGGCGUCCUCAUCGGACUCAUCAUCCUCGCCUACGGAGUCAAGCUGCUGGUCGACAUGGUUCCCCGGGUCCGACAAACCAGGAACUACGAGCGCUUUGAGUGACGAAGAGGACGAGGAAGAGGAGGGUUUGGUAAGGGUGGCUGAAGGACAGACUGACUGACAGACAUUCAGUCCUGGAGGUGCGUUCAGGCUCCAGUGUCUCCUCCCAUUCACACAUCCAAACUGAGCCAGGGGGGAGGACGCUGCGGCACAUUUUAAGUGUUUUACAAAUUGGUGUACAUCUAAUAUCUUUAUAUGUCUUUUAACAGCCGUCAGUUCUCCUGUCUAACCUAAGGCCUUCAAGAAGACUCCUUAGCAGCGACAUGUUUUUUGUACAGAGAGUAAAUAAUGUUCAGUACCUCAGUAAGUCAACACACAACGGUUUAUUUUUCCCAUGGUUCCUAGAGGCCUUUGCUGUAAAUAUGAAACGUGUGGCAGGUGAGAGGGAUGGAUGUAGCUGAGGGAGGAUUCAGGGUGAUUUGUCUCUUUAAUGACGAGAGAGGAUGUAUCAAUACGAGGCCCGUUUGGCACCGACAGUCUAAAAGCACAGGCUCAGCGACUUUAUGUUAAUAUAUUUAUUCAGACUGGAGCCCAGACAGGGCACUGUGUCAGAACCCAACGCCAGCGCCGGCUUACUGUCCUGCAGGAUGGAAAUCAUAAGAGGGUCAUGGCCUACAAUUCACCAGUAAUGUAACAGAGGGGGAAUGUGAGAAACUAGCUUAGUAGCUUUGUAUUGCAACCUUUUAUUUGUAUUUGAGAUGACAAAGUACAUUCACAACCAGUGCCAUCUACUGAGCAAAAGAGGACCUGCCACACAGGGAUACAUGUGAAUCUGCAUCAAGUAUAGCAAAUGACAGACCUAAUAAUAAUAGACAUUUGAAUUCCUGCACACUGUCAGCACUGCGAGGUACAUGUUGUAUGUCAUCGAUCUUCUCAGGGUCGAAGCCUGGAAGAGCAAAAAUAAGAGCAGUCAGAUCACAAAAAUCUGAAAGUUACAGCAGAAGUUGCACAGAAAACGAAUAAAAUAAGGCAGAAAAAUCUUAGAAUUCUCGCUUUUUGACCAAACAGGCACAAAACACCUCUCUUUGUUAAUUUCUUGCCUUUUCAUGCAAGAAUGCCAAUUCAUAAGGAACAAAUCCUAAGGAAACAUUAGAUUUAGUCAUUAUUUGCAGGAUUUAUCUGGAGAAAGUCGACUAACAUUUGAUUUAUUUGAGAACUGUCCCAGUAUGUCACACUGUCAUCGCUGUCGUUGCAGUUUUGCACUUCCUGUUGUUGACUCUCGUCGAGUUUAAUUCUAGACCUAAUGUUUGAGGAGCUCCUACACGGCCCCCCUGCUUGUCACAUCAGCUGAGCUGCUUGGUGACAAACGGAGGCUUGUCCUCACAUGUUGGGUUUACUCCGGUUUGUUAAUUAGUUUAUCCAAUUUCAGUAAUUUUGUUUGUUUGUGUAUGUUUAGACAACCAUCACAGAGACUUUUAUAGAUAUCUGUGAUGGUUUAUUGUGUGCUAGGACAACCAGUCAUGUGAUAGUGACGGUGGAAACAAACAAAUACAGAAAUCAGUUAUUAUAAAUGGAAAGAGAUUGAUAAAACAGGAAUAAAAAUACUCAAAUUAAUAACAGUAUAUUAAAUAAUGAAUGCAAAUCUUCUAUCUUUUUUAUGCUACAUAUAUGUAUUGAUGUAUUUUAAGCUGAUGAUUAGAAGGUCUUAGAUGUAUUUUAGAGCCUUCUUCUUUAUUCCUGUGACAGAAACGUAUCCAAUGGGCUGACAGUGUGCAGGUAAUCCAAGUUUUUCCAAUCAAUUUUAAUGAAUUUUCUCAGCUGUGAAUGAUUCAACAUGUCAAUGAAGAUCAUACUGUGAAGGAUUCCACUUUCCAGCUGUCUCAGUCGCUCAGAUUGGUUCUCAUUGAUGAGAAAACGCUUGUUUUGAAGUUUCAGCUGAAAUUGGACGUCUGUUGAACUGACUUGAACCUUUUUUAUUUCUGUUCUUUAUGGAAACUGAUCACACGGACACUCUGGUUUUAGACAGCAGUCUUUUUGUGACGUCAGGAGUAGAUAACGAUCCUCUCUCUUGUGGAGCUGCUGUUUGUUUUGGGAUUUUAAGGGAUGUUCCUGAUCUAAGUAUAUUGACUUGUGGAGUAAUAACAGUAAUACAUUGGAUUAGUGUUAAUCAUUCACUGACAACUUCUUAAUGCUGUGUUAAUAACCUUUAUACCUGACGUGAAUCUGUACUGGUUUACUGAAGCACAGUGGCUACUAAUCUACAUCUACCAGGCAUUAUUUAUUAAAGUUACCAACAUGGAACAACACCUGAUCCACCCACCGUGUUGGUUCCUGUGUGAACUCCAGAGCCUUAAUGUUACUGCUCAGUGUUUGGUGACUGUUGAACAUGAAUGUAAUUAUCCGCUGUUUGUUUGUCCUUGAUGAGCGGGAGCACGAGAGUCAUUGUUUCCUCCCGUGUGUGUUUCUGCAGUGGCUGUAACUGAAUGUACACACUGUGCUGUGAGAAUGAUGUGUACAGCGAAUUACUGUUCACACUUACAGGUAUAAUAUAUAACAUUAAAACGUAUGAAAUCAACCAAA